AUGUCACUCGAGGACAAGCUGAACGCCGCGCUCACCUCGCGCGAAAAGCGGCUCAUCCGGCGCAGACUCUACGACCCCUCCGCGGACGCGCACCUCGUCGACUUCUCCACAAACGACUACCUCUCCCUCUCGCGCUCGCCCGCCCUCCGCGCCCGCUUCCUCGCGCGCCUCGCCUCUGCCCCCGACGUCCUCGGAUCGGGGGGCUCGCGCCUGCUCGUGAACGGACACGCGCACGCGGCGUUAGAGGCGCGCCUGGCGGGGUUCUUCCGCGCGCCCGCGGCGCUCCUCUUCAACUCCGGGUUCGACGCGAAUGCAGGCUUCUUCGCGUGCGUGCCUCAACCGGGCGAUGCAGUCGUGUUCGACGAGCACAUCCACGCGUCCGUGCACGAUGGCGUGCGCGCAUCGCGGGUCGGCGCGCGGGUGCCGUUCGCGCACAACUCGAUACCCGCGCUGCGGGUGGCGCUCGAGCGGGUACGCCAAGACAGGCCGGCGUUGGUAAACGGCGGGAGCAGCGUGUUCGUCGCGGUGGAGACGUUAUACAGCAUGGACGGGACGCUUGCGCCGCUAUUGGAGAUCGUGGAGACCGUGGAGGAGCUCUUCCCGCACGGGAAUGGGUACGUGGUCGUGGACGAGGCGCAUUCGACAGGGGUGUACGGCCCUCAAGGGAGAGGGCUUGUCGCGGCCCUUGGGUUGGAAGACAGAAUAUUCGCGCGUCUGCACACGUUUGGCAAGGCCCUCGCAGCCACUGGAGCGAUUUUGCUGGUCACGCCGCUCGUGCGCGACUACCUGCUGAACUACGCGCGGCCACUCAUCUAUACCACGUCCCUGAGCAACGCGAACAUCGUCGCCGCGGAGUGCUCGUUCGAUAUGCUGGAGGAGGGCGAGGCACAAAAGGCACGUACUCUCAUCUCAUAUACUACCGACGCACUGACGCCCCCUCAGCUUUCCAUACAGCUGCUCAGCCUCUGCUCACACUUCACGACCUCCUUCGCGGCACAACUAGCAGAGCACCGUAUUCCCCCAUCCCUCAUCUCCAUCCCCACAGACCUCGCCGUGCUGCCGACGCCGAUCAUUCCCGUCCUAACCCCGCAUCCGCGGCCGCUUUCCGCGCAUCUGCGGGUACGCGGACUAAACGCGCGCCCGAUCACUUGGCCGACGGUGCCCAAAGGCGCGGACCGCGUGCGGAUCUGCCUGCACUCACAAAAUUCAGUGGAGGAGGUGGACCGGCUGGUGAGCGCGAUGAUCGAGUGGGCGGAGAGUUGGCGGGCGGCGCAGGACGCUGUCCAGAGGGAAAAGGGGGGCGCGGGCGCGGUGGUGGUCGCGCAAGCAAAACUUUAG